AUGAUCCUCUUCUUCUCUGCUCUCUUCUUCGCUGUCAUGCCCUUGUCUGUUCGGGGCUGGUGCCACCCAAACUUUGAGGGUGCUGCUCUCACUGUAGUCUGGAAUAACACAUGCUCAUGGUCAGCUGAACCUGCUGUCGGCGCACCCAUCAGUGCGAGCACUUUGCCCUCCAAGUUCUUCUUCCAGCAGAAUGGGGAUGAUCCCGAUAUCACCUACACCAUCAAGACCGCAGCUAACAUCAACUUUGCUGCUGAAUCCAAUGGUGAGAGAUUGUUCAUAGACAAUGCUGACUGGUCAGGCAACAACGAGAACCAGAAAUGGAGAGUUUUAUGUGGGUCGUGUGAGAUGGACAUCUCCCAGAAACAGGGCGUUGUUGCUUCGUACUGCCAAAUCACUUCCAAAACUGAUGACUUCUGCAUCAUGGAAGGAUAUGGCCCUGGCCCUUUGAGGCAGCUGGUCCAGUUCCAGCUGUAUCCAGUUCGAGACAGCGACAUCAAAUAA